AUGAAAACUCCUUCCAUCUCAUCCCUCACAUUCAUUCUUCUUCUAAUCAUCUCAUGCUCUUGGGCAGCUUCCGCCGAUGAUCAUGACGAUUUUCUCGAAUGCCUGACCGAGCAAUUCCGCAACUACUCCUCCAUUUCGAACGAUGUUUACACCCCAAUCAACUCAUCUUACACUUCCGUCCUUCAAUUCUCCAUCCGAAACCUAAGGUUCGUGUCAGGUUCCACUCCUAAACCGCAGGUGAUCAUAACCCCAGAGCACGAAUCCCAGAUCCCGCCUAUCAUAUACUGUGCUGAAGAAAAUGACAUGGAAAUCAGAACUCGAAGUGGUGGCCAUGACCUAGAGGGACUAUCUUACGUGUCACGAGUCCCAUUCGUGAUCAUAGAUUUGAUCAAUCUCAGUGAAAUCACAGUGGAUGCUCAGGAAAAAACUGCUUGGGUCGAAGCAGGCGCGACCAUUGGUUCUUUAUACUACAGGAUUGCAGAAAAGAGUCCAGUGCUCGGGUUCCCGGCCGGUGUAUGCCCAACUGUCGGUGUCGGUGGGCACUUCAGUGGAGGGGGUUGGGGCCCGAUGCUGAGAAAAUACGGCCUGGCCGCUGACAACGUCAUCGAUGCAAGAAUAGUCGACGCCAAGGGGAGAAUCCUGGACAGAACAUCCAUGGGCGAGGAUCUGUUCUGGGCCAUCAGAGGUGGCGGAGGCGCCAGCUUCGGCGUGAUCACUGCCUGGAAGGUACAACUGGUGGACGUUCCAGAAACAGUCACUGCUUUCUCAGUCCGCAGGACUUUAGAACAGAACGCAACUCAACUCGUCCACUGCUGGCAAAACGUGGCUCCAAAUCUAGACAAAGAUUUGUUCGUCUCCGUCGUUUUAACAAGGGUGAAUUCCAGCCAAGGUGGACGGAACGCCACCAUCGAGGCCAACUUCUGGUCACUUUUCCUAGGCGGAACCGACAGAUUACUUCCGAUGAUGCAAGAAAGCUUCCCUGAGUUAGGUUUAGUGAAAGAAGACUGCGUCGAAAUGAGCUGGAUCCAAUCUGUCUUAUAUUUUUCAGAAGUCCCCAUAAUACCACCUUCUCAUCAACAGCCACUCGAAUUUCUACUUAACCGAACUCAAAGAAACCUAGGAUACCUCAAAGUGAAAUCAGAUUAUGUCCAAAAACCUAUUCCUGAAUUAGGGUUACAAGGAAUUGAGAGACUACUAUACGAACCAGAAAUUUCAGCUUUUGUCGUAAUGAUCCCAUAUGGUGGAAGAAUGUCUGAAAUUUCUGAAUCAGAAAGUCCAUUUCCUCACAGGGCUGGUAACUUGUUCAAGAUUGCUGGCGAUGUGGCUUGGGCAGGCAACGAGUCUCGAGAUUCGGAUAGGAACAUAGGUUGGAGCAGAAGGUACUACAGUUACAUGGCUCCUUUUGUUUCGAGUAAUCCCAGAGAAGCAUACCUUAACUACAGAGAUCUCGACAUUGGAGUCAAUAACGUUGGAGAAGAGACGAGUUAUGCACAGGCCAGCAUUUGGGGUAUGAAAUAUUUUAAGAAUAAUUUCGAUCGUCUUGUUCAGGUGAAGACCGUGGUUGAUCCCAAUAAUUUCUUCAAGAAUGAACAGAGCAUUCCGCCGUUGGAUGAUUGAGAUAUAUCUUCAUCUCAGUCCCCUCCAUGCUGAAUGAAGGGUUCUUAUAAUUAUUAGAUGUAAUAUCUUACAAUAAAAUGUUGUUGUUUUGAUUUGAAUGUAGGGUUAUUAUAUUUAUUUGAGGUAAUUUCUUAGAAUAAAAUGCUAUAGUUUGAUUUGAAUAAAGGUUUCUUACAAUAAAAUGUUACAACAUCAUUUUAUUU